AUGACUCCUAGACGCGACUUGGAACCCAACAUGUUUGCCCUUUCGAGACAGACUUCGCGUGCAAGUGGGCGGAAGAGCUACAAGAUUUGGGUCGACACGUGGUACUGGGAGAUUCUCUGCCUCUUGUUUAGCAUCGGGCUGCUCGUCGCCAUGGCCGUGCUCCUGAGGGUCUACGACCAGCAGCCUACUCCAUAUUUCCAGUACGGCAUAACUCUCAAUACCGUCAUUGCAGUCUUGACCGCCUUCUCCAAAGCGGCCUUGGCCGUGCCCACGGCCUCGGGCAUCAGCCAGCUGAAAUGGCAGUGGUACCGGAAUGAACGGGCCCUCGGUGGGCGAUGCGUUCGCGAUAUACAGAUCUUUGAUGAUGCCAGCAGAGGGCCAUGGGGUGCCUUGGUGCUGCUCUGCAAGCUCCAUGUCCGGACGACGGCGUCCCUCGGUGCGCUCGUCGUUGUCCUCGCUCUCGUCCUGGACCCCUUCGCGCAGCAAUUGAUCACGUACUCGACGCGAUUAUACCAAGAUCUCGACGCCCCAGAACCCAGCAUAGACCUUGCUAGAUUCAUCAUUGCAGGCACCAAUUUGGAUAGUGUCAUCUACUCAUCCAUCUGGAGCGAGGUCGAUGCACCGUCUAUAUACAAGGCGUCGGAAUGCGAGAGCGACUUGUGUCUAUGGGACAAUUUUGACACACUGGGGUUCCGUCCACUUUGCAAAGACCGCACGGAAGAGGUGGUCCUCGAGGGCUGCGACCUGCGCUGUGGUAACAGCCAGGAAUUCCAUACAAGCAAUUGCAGUAUUUACUUUCCGGGAGACGAUAGUAACGUCAAAUGGAACUUUAGCGUCGUCCAAGAUGCACCAGACUGGGUCGGCAGCAUAUCUGGCGAUGAUACCGAGAAUAGGACUAUUCUGGAAUACCCGCGACAUGCGAUUUGGACACUCUGGUCUGGACAAGCCGAGGGCGAGGCCUCCGACUGGGGCACUCUCUUCAAUGUAUCCCCAGAUCGAAAUCUCAGUGGGCGGAACGAGAUUAUGAUCAUGGCGUACGCCGAGAUCGACUUUGAUCCCGCCAAGAGACCCGAUGGGCUCUCAAUCAAGCGAGCUCAGGUGUGCGCGCUGACGCCGAGCGUCGAGACUCUCUCGGUGGAAUCACACCGGGGUCGCCUCGAUGUUCAUGUCCCAAAGUACACGCUUGGUGCAUUCCACGAAGGAGGCGAGCCUGGUGACGACCUAGUAUACUGGAGCCCAGAUGGCUCGCAAGACAAUAUAUUGACUUACACGGACAUUCGCGAGGCUGCAUUUUUCUUGGACUCGGAUACGCUCACCUUGCUGUGCACGCGCGUACGAGAUGCGCUGGUGGGCAACUAUUCGGUGCCACAGCUCGUUGACGUGAACAGAGUGUGUGCAGCAGCCAGACCCCCGGCCGAUGACGGCCGCAACCUGGCCAUUGAGGUGGACUUUGCAAAGUCGUCAUCAAACCAGAACCUCGACAAGAUUGCCGACAAGGUGGGAGGCUUGGAGUGGGCAAUGCAGCGCGUGUCCGAGUUCCUGACUCACUACUCCCGCACCCAGCCAGACGAAGCGGUCCCGGUCUCGGGCCGGGCCUAUUCGUCGCGAAAUUCCGUCGAGGUCUGGUGGCCCUGGCUGACGCUGCCCGUGGCGGUCGCCGCGGCCGGGACCGUGUUCCUGGCGCUGGUCAUUUAUUCCUCUCGCGGCGCAGACGAGAUGCUGUGGAAGAGCUCCACUCUGCCUCUUCUCUACCACGGGAUCGACCAUCGCGAUUUGAUGGCCAAUGUCAAGAGCUCUAAUGUCCGCGCUGACCUGACGAGUAGUAUGGACGAGCUGAGCAAGCGGGCCAAGAUGCGACUACGGCGGAGUUCGAUCGACGGUGAAUUACGAUUCCAUCAUUCCUAG